GUUUGAGCCAAUCUAACGGCGCAAACAAUAUUAAAAAACCUGCGCAAAACGAAAAUCAAACUUACAGCACACAGCUUCUUAUUGCUGUAUAAAAACAUUAAAAUAAAUAUAGGUAAAUCUAUAGGUUUCCUAGUACCCAGGACAUUUUAUGACUUACAUCCGUGAUAUUUAUUGGCUUCCGUUUUAAAUGAGCAGUUCUUGAGCGAUGAUGCCUUUAGCAGUCCAACCGCCUGUUCACGGUUCAUCUACGUCUAUUUCUCAAAACUCCGGCGGCCAAAAUGCUAGCCAGACGGGCACAGGAGGCUCUGGAAAGUCGAGUAGUGGACUGAAGCCGAACUAUGCGUUAAAAUUCACACUAGCUGGUCAUACAAAGGCGGUAUCUUCGGUGAAAUUCAGUCCGAACGGAGAAUGGCUGGCGAGCUCAUCCGCUGAUAAAUUAAUUAAAAUAUGGGGAGCUUACGAUGGAAAAUUCGAAAAGACUAUCUCUGGUCAUAAAUUGGGCAUCAGCGAUGUCGCUUGGUCUAGUGACAGUAGAUUAUUAGUAUCGGCUAGCGACGACAAAACCUUGAAAAUCUGGGAGCUUUCAUCGGGCAAGUGCCUGAAAACGCUGAAAGGCCACAGUAAUUACGUAUUCUGUUGCAACUUUAAUCCACAAUCGAAUCUGAUCGUAUCGGGCUCAUUCGAUGAGUCGGUGAGAAUUUGGGACGUCAGAACGGGUAAAUGUUUGAAAACACUACCGGCUCAUUCGGAUCCAGUCAGUGCAGUACAUUUCAACAGAGACGGUUCGUUGAUAGUUAGCAGUAGCUACGAUGGAUUGUGUCGCAUAUGGGAUACGGCCUCAGGGCAAUGUUUGAAGACGCUCAUCGAUGAUGAUAAUCCGCCCGUUUCUUUUGUGAAAUUCUCGCCUAACGGCAAGUACAUUCUGGCCGCAACGUUGGAUAACACGUUGAAAUUGUGGGAUUACGCUAAAGGGAAGUGCCUGAAAACGUACUCUGGCCACAAGAACGAAAAGUACUGUAUUUUCGCGAAUUUCUCGGUGACGGGAGGAAAGUGGAUCGUUAGCGGUUCGGAGGAUAAUAUGGUGUACGUUUGGAAUUUGCAGACGAAGGAAAUCGUGCAAAAACUACAAGGACAUACAGAUGUUGUUUUGUGCACAACAUGUCAUCCCACAGAAAACAUUAUUGCGUCUGCCGCUUUGGAAAAUGACAAGACGAUUAAAUUAUGGAAGAGCGACACAUGAAAAGGUAAUUUUCAAUAAGAAUUUUUCGGUUCCGUUUUUUUUGUUCAGAACUCGUGUAUUUUUUUAAUUAAGUCUAAUAUAAAUAUAAGUUAAAAAUUGAAUGCGAUGUUUGUACAUAGUUAGGAGUUUAGUACCCUGUAACAAUACAAAGGCAAAGGACAAGAACUCUUUCGAAACCAGUAUUGCUUAUUGGUUUCAGCUAUAAAUAUAUAAUUAAAUAAGCGC